CAGCCACUUCGUCUAGCUCUUCCCGGGGGAUCCCGAGGCAUUCCCAGGCCAGCCGGGAGACAUAGUCUUCCCAACGUGUCCUGGGUCUUCCCCGUGGACGUGCCCUAAACACCUCCCUCGGGAGGCGUUCGGGUGGCAUCCUGACCAGAUGCCUGAACCACCUCAUCUGGCUCCUCUCGAUGUGGAGGAGCAGGCUAUCUCUAAGGGAGAGCCCCGAAACUCAUUUCAGCCGCUUGUACCCGUGAUCUUAUCCUUUCGGUCAUGACCCAAAGCUGAUGACCAUAGGUGAUGGGAACGUAGAUCGACCGGUAAAUUGAGAGCUUUGCCUUCCGGCUCAGCUCCUUCUUCACCACACCGGAUCGAUACAACGUCCGCAUUACUGAAGACGCCUCACCGAUCCGCCUGUCGAUCUCACGAUCCACUCUUCCCCCACUUGUGAACAAGACUCUUAGGUACUUGAACUCCUCCACUUGGGGCAGGGUCUCCUCCCCAACCCGGAGAUGGCACUCCACCCUUUUCCGGGCGAGAAGCAUGGACUCGGACUUGGAGGUGCUGAUUCUCAUUCUGGUCGCUUCACACUCGGCUGCAAAAAGUCUGAAAUAUUUUUUUCAAAAAGCACACCAUUUUCUGACUCCUUGCGUGACUUGAAACAUGAUGGCGGUUGGAAGUUCUGCACUGUAAGUCUAAAACAAGCAGCAUCACAUUGUUGGCAGGUGUGUGGAAGAAAAAGAGUGAGCAAAAGAGAGAUAGAGAAAGAGAGAGUCACGUUAGUGUGUGUGAGUAUGAACCAAAUCACUCAUCUAAUCUCUCAAAGUGACAGAGGUCCAUCAUAGUGGGGGGUGGGGAGAGUUUUGCAUUUGCUUCAUUUGUAUGGGGAAGGGGAAAAAAAUGGCAAAAGUGGGCUAGUCCACCUAGUGGCUUCUUCACAGACGCCUGCACGAUAAUCCCAAUCUGUGGCCAUUAGUGCUCUGAGAGACCAAGCGAGGAGAGAGUUCAACAGUGAGAGUGAGUGAGAUGGACGGAGCGGGAGGGGCAAAAGGGGGUGGGGGGCAUCCUGGACAGAGAUGCUCACACCGAGAGAAAAGAACCAGCGAGAGCAUGAGAGCUUUUAAGGGAUUUGGCAGUGAUUUGUAGAAUCUCACUGCUGUGAUAUUGUGCUCUUUUUUUUUUCCCCACUCUCUCUCUCCCUCACACUUUUCUUGACUCUGCCAUGAUGACACCAUCCGUACUCUAAAGAUUCCAAAGUCAGCAUUUCAUAUUAGUUGUGAAGAAUCACAGUUUUGCGUGUGCUCUGGUUAUUUUUUUUUUCUUGCAACGGAGAUGAUAAAGGACUUAUCGUCGGUGUGGUGAGGAGAGCCUUGCCCCGAGAGGAUAGAUCCGCACCUGGGGAGGAUGGAUGCAAUGGAGCACGUGUGAUGGAGGGAAAUAAAAGUGGUCCAUGAAGAAUGGACAGGUGCCAAAGGUAGAAGGAGAGGCGCGGUGCUCCAAGUACCUCUGCUGGUCAGCAUCAUGACGUCAGAAGCUCUCUCUUCUCGUCAGUGCAGCUCGCUCUGGAACUGGUCCCGACUGUUGUGGCCGUGGGUGCUGCUGGUGGGUCACCUUUCGGGAACGUGGGCCCAACAGGGCGUGCAGCCCCAGUCCAUCAAAAUCGAGGGCGACAUCACCCUAGGAGGGCUGUUCCCGCUACAUUCCCGGGGGCCAGUAGGAGUCGCCUGCGGGGACAUCAAAAGGGAAAAGGGAAUCCAUCGACUGGAGGCCAUGCUGUACGCCAUGGAUCAGAUUAACGGCGAUCCUGACCUGCUGCCCAAUAUCACGCUGGGGGCCCGAAUACUGGACACUUGCUCCAGAGAUACCUACGCCUUGGAGCAGUCGCUGACUUUUGUCCAAGCCCUGAUCCAAAAGGACAACUCGGAUGUGCGCUGCUCUAACGGAGAGCCACCAAUUAUCCCCAAGCCAGAGAGGGUGGUUGGUGUGAUUGGAGCCUCCAGCAGCUCCGUAUCCAUCAUGGUGGCCAACGUCCUCAGGCUGUUUGCGAUCCCCCAGAUCAGCUAUGCCUCCACCGCCCCGGAGCUGAGCGACAACAGCCGAUAUGAGUUCUUCUCCCGCGUUGUGCCUCCGGACUCCUACCAGGCCCAAGCCAUGGUGGACAUCGUGAAAGCCAUGGGCUGGAACUACGUCUCCACCAUAGCAUCAGAAGGGAAUUACGGAGAGAGUGGUGUCGACGCUUUCCUGCAGAUAUCCAGAGAAGCAGGAGGGCUUUGUAUUGCUCAGUCCAUAAGAAUUCCCAGAGAACCCAGACCUGGGGAGUUUGAAAAGGUCAUCAAGAGACUGAUGGAGACAUCUAACGCUCGGGGGGUUAUCAUCUUUGCCAGUGAGGACGACAUCAAGCGAGUUUUGCAAGCUGCCAAAACGGCCAAUCUGACUGGCCACUUCCUGUUUGUUGGCUCGGACAGCUGGGGGGCCAAGAGCUCCCCCAUCCAAGACCAGGAGGAAGUAGCCGAGGGUGCUGUCACUAUCUUGCCGAAAAGAGCCUCCAUUGACGGCUUCGACCAGUACUUCACAACAAGAUCUCUGGAAAACAACAGAAGGAACAUCUGGUUUGCUGAAUUUUGGGAGGACGACUUCAAGUGUAAGCUAACUCGGCCUGGCGUCAAAUACGAUGCCGGUAGAAGAAAAUGUACAGGUGAGGAAAGAAUAAGCCGAGAUUCUCUGUACGAACAAGAAGGGAAGGUGCAGUUUGUGAUAGAUGCGGUGUACGCCAUGGCUCACGCCUUACACAGCAUGCACCUCGACCUGUGUCCCGGCUCCAUGGGGGUUUGUGAAAAGAUGGACCCGGUGGAGGGACGGAUGCUCCUCCAAUACAUACGCUCUGUCAAUUUCAACGGAAGUGCUGGAACUGGUGUGAUGUUCAAUGAGAAUGGAGACGCUCCUGGACGUUACGACAUCUUCCAGUACCAGCUUUCCAACGUCAGCUACCCUGGCUAUAAGGUUAUCGGCCAAUGGACGAACCACCUCAGGCUCAAUCCAGAGGAGAUGCAGUGGUCAGGUGGUGAGCGCAGGAUCCCAGAGUCCGUAUGCAGCUUCCCCUGCGAGUCUGGUGAGAGGAAAAAGAUGGUGAAGGGAGUUCCCUGCUGCUGGCACUGUGAGCUCUGUGACGGCUACCAGUAUCUGCUGGACGAGUUCAGCUGUGACAUGUGCCCCUUCGAUAUGAGACCCUUUAAGAACCGUACAGGAUGCCGGCCCACGCCCAUCAUCAAGCUGGAGUGGAGCUCUCCUUGGGCCAUAAUCCCUGUCUUCCUGGCAAUCCUUGGCAUCCUGGCCACCACGGGGGUUAUUGCCACAUUCGUCCGCUUCAAUGACACACCCAUUGUUCGAGCCUCGGGCAGAGAGCUCAGCUACGUGCUGCUGACGGGCAUCUUCCUCAUCUACCUCAUUACCUUCCUCAUGAUUGCCGAGCCCAGCGUGGCCGUGUGCGCCUUCCGCAGGUUGCUUCUUGGGCUCGGCAUGUGCAUCAGCUACGCCGCCAUGCUGACCAAAACCAACCGGAUUUAUCGCAUCUUUGAGCAAGGCAAAAAGUCGGUCACUCCCCCCAAGUUCAUCAGUCCUACUUCUCAACUUAUUAUCACCUUCAUACUCAUCUCAGUGCAGGUUCUCGGUGUUUUCAUUUGGUUUGGUGUGAUGCCGCCUCAUACCAUUAUCGACUACGAAGAGCAGAAGCCUCCGAAUCCUGAGUUUGCCCGGGGGGUUCUCAAGUGUGACAUGUCCGACCUGUCCCUCAUCCUGUGUUUGAGCUACAGUCUGGUCUUGAUGAUCACCUGCACGGUGUACGCCAUCAAAAGCAGGGGAGUUCCUGAGACUUUUAAUGAGGCCAAGCCCAUUGGCUUCACCAUGUACACCACAUGCAUCAUCUGGCUGGCCUUUGUACCCAUCUUCUUUGGCACUGCACAAUCUACUGAGAAGAUGUUGGAUAAGCGGGAUAGAAAAUGGAUGGAUGGGUGGACAAAGCACAAGAAAAGAUUGGACUAAGGCUGCAUUAUAAACCAGUCAGGCUGCAACAAUUAAAGCCUGAAGUGCUUUCAGAAUCUUUUCACCUCUUCUAAAUGGAAAUGAAGGGAAAUGAGAAAGGACAGAAGGAAAAUAGGUCAGCGGAUUUGAGGGAUGGUCGCAAACCCUCACGAUUUGCAUCCCAUUCAAUAAAUCAUCACUCUAAAAAAGGUUUAUAAAUAUAGACUUUGACUUUUGUCUGGUUCAUGAAAAUAUUAUGUGCCUCCAUCGUGUGUAAGGGAUGCGGGCUUCUACUACCUGCUUGCUGCUCGUCAGUAUUCACGUAUCAUUCACUAUUUCUAAGCCGGUAUAUUUCAGCUCGCCUCCAGCUGUAAGCGCAUAAAUCCAUAGCAUAUACCACUGCUGCUUCUUUCAGAAAUAUGGAAAGGGGUCAUUGAGUAGGACUGACUAAAAGCAGGGAUGAGCUUAUAAAAGAAACCAUUCUGGACCGAUAUUAAAGCACUAUAUAUACAGUGCGGUACAUGCUGCAGAUGAUGGAGAUGAGCGCUGGGCAGUGUACGAUCUAUAACUUAUUUAUGCCACAAUUAUAUCUUAUUUAUGGCACAUGUGUGUUGAUUUAUUCAUAACCAGUACAGUUUGCUCCAAUAAUGACUUCGUAAUUCACUGGAGUUUGUCUCAGGAGAAGUCACCUCUCUUUACCGCUGUCGGAUUCGCAAUAGAGGAAGAGCAGCGUGGUCAAAGCACAUAAAUAGAGUCUCUCUUCUUGAAUACAUAUACCGGCUCGUGAAUCAUUAAUCACGGAGGAAAACAUGGCCGCUUGAGCUCUGGAAUGAAAAUAGCCAGGACAGCAAUGUGACAACCGAUGUGGUGAAUAUGAUGUUUACUGGCACCUGUGAAUUAUAUUUAUUUGUGACAAACUGGUGGCUCAUAAAUAUUGAAAAAGAGUAAACACGCGGGAGGAAAUCAGUUGUUUUCUCAGAGUGACAGGUUGUCUUGAUACCAUUUUGGUAUCAGUACCAAAAUACUUUUCAACACUUUACAAAAUAAAGGUAACCACAAAAAUGUGAUUAUUGGCUUUAUUUGAACAUAAAAUCUUAUGAUACAUGAAUUGUAUGUUUCUUAUUGCAAUCAAAGAACAAUGUUGUUAUUCAAUAACAUAGUGCAGUGGUUCUCAACCUUUUUUCAGUGAUGUACCAUCUGUGAAUUUUUUUUUAAUUCAAGUACCCCCUAAUCAGAGCAAAGCACUUUUGGUUGGAAAAAAAAAAGAGAUAAAGAAGUAAAAUACAGCACUAUGUCAUCAGUUUCUGAUUCAUUAAAUUGUAUAACAGUGCAAAAUAUUGUUCAUUUGUAGUGGUCUUUCUUGAACUGUUUGGGAAAAAAAGAUAUAAAAAAUGAAAAAAUAAAACUAGUGAAAAAUAAACAAGUGAUUCAAUUAUAACUAAAGAUGUCUACACAUAGAAGUAAUCAUCAACAUAAAGUGCCCUCUUUGGGGAUUGUAAUAGAGAUCAGUCAGGAUUCAUGAACUUAAUUCUAAACAUUUCUUCACAAAAAAAGAAAUCUUUAACAUCAAUAUUUAUGUAACAUGUUCACAAACAACAAACACUGAAUAUUGCAUUUUUGUAUUAUUUUUUUCACAGUUUAUGAACUUGCAUUCAUAUUUUGUUGAAGUAUUAUUCAAUAAAUAUAUUUAUAAAGGA